AUGUUUGUGAAGUUAUGUGGUCCACUUUUGGGGAUACUGCUGCUUCUCCCCAGCGUCACCGCCAUCGUGUACGUGAGGAUGAGGAACGAGCGCGGUCCGAUGGCGGCACGGGCCGGUGUGCAGUGUAUUGAGCUGCUGAGCCAUACCUUCUUUCAUAUGCGCGAAUCAACGCAGAUUGAAAACAUUGUCAUAUUCUACCUGCGGAACUUGAGCUCCCCAGCAAGGGAGAUCCUGCUCGGAUACCUUCAGCAGCAUCAUACCGGGUACGACUCCCAUGAUGGUGAUGAGGAAGUUAAUGACACGAUGGGUGGCAACGGUUCCGUCGACACGUCCCAAUUUCAGCUGAAGCUUAUGUCGGACACCGCAUCGCCCGAGGACAUUCGAAGGACGCAGUUCAUGGACCACAAACAGUUCGACUACUACGUCAUUGUGGUCGAUAGCUUUGAUGGACUGCGGCAGGCGCUGGCCCGGAUCAGCGCAACAGCCGCCUUCAAUCCGCGCGGCAAGUUUGUCGUGCUGUACAACAACCCGAACGAUCGUGACUCCGACCGGCGGAUGGCGAACCAGGCCCUCAUGCUGCUGUUCGUCGGUCAUCAUUCGGUAAACGUGCUGUUUGCGUUUGCGAUCGACGCUGUGAGCUACCACGUGUAUACCGGUGACCCAUAUCACGGUACCACCGACUGUGGACAGAUGAAGGCACUCAAGGUGGCAACGAUCGUGAACGGUACCUUCGCGAACCGCGUACUCUCGACGGCUAUGAUCAACAUCCCGAAGGUGCCGCCGCAGCUGGAAACGUGUACGUUUCUGCUCUGCACACGUGUCGCACCACCCUUCAUCGAUCUGGACUGUCGACGGGGUCUCGAGCUGCAGAUAAUCGAUUUGUUGCGCGAGUCGAUGAAGUUCAAGGUGAACGUCUCGUGCAGCGAAAUGGACCGGGGGGAACUAAUGCCCGACGGCAACUGGAGCGACCUGCUCGGGCUGAUGCGGGCGGACGAGUGCGACAUCAUUGCCGGUGGUUUCAAUCCGGACUUUGACGUGCACGAUGAGUUCGGGUCGACGACGCUUUACCUGCAGGACUAUCACACCUGGUUCGUGCCGGUGGCCGGUCCGGACGCCCGCUGGAAGCUGCUGCUGUACAUCUUCGAAGUGCGCACCUGGGAGCUGUUCGCGUGCGUGCUGUUCAUCUCGGGGCUGGUGUGGCGUACGGUGGCCCACUUCCUGCCGGAGUGCGCCGCCCACCGGGAACUGUCCAUGUGUUUCCUCAACACCUGGUGCGUGUUUCUCUGCAUCUCGGCACACAAUCGACCGGCCUGCAAUGCACUGCGGCUGUUUUUCAUGGGACUAACGCUGUACGCGCUCAAUGUGACCACCAUAUACACCAGCAUCUUGAUAACGGUGCUUACCAAUCCACCGCUCGCCUAUCAGGUGGACACCAUCGAGGAGAUCCUGGCCGGCGGCGUCCCUAUCGGCGGACGACUCGACAGUGAGGACUGGUUCAUAAACGACUUCGAAGACGAUCAACUUGUGUCCGAGCGCUACAACGCCACGUCCGAGUUUCAGCCAUCGCUCGCCAAUCUGCAGGCCGUGGUGGAUGGCAGGCGGUCCCUGCUGAUGAGUCGGCUGUACGUGCGCAACACCAAGUACUACGGGCUGGUUCACGGGCUGUCAAAGGACGUGUUUGUGACGCAGAUCGAGAUGAUCAUGGAGAAAGGUUUCCCGCUGUUGCCCAAGUUCAAUCGCAUCCUCUCCAAUCUCAUCGAUAUGGGCAUCAUGCAGAAGCUGUGGAAAGACUUCCUCUACAACGUCACCAUACUGGAUCGCAUCAGGCGUAAUCGGGAACUCAGCGAGGAGGAUAUUAUAGCCGCGUCUCCGGAGGUUGUGCUGACCUUGGAUCAUCUGCAAAGUGCCUUUGCGCUGUACGGCAUAGGGUUGUGUUUGUGUGGGGUGGUGUUUUUGCUGGAGCUGCUCUCAACAACGCGCUGGGUGCGUCAGUUAAGAGACAUUGUGGAGAAGAAAUGGGACGAGCUAUUAGUGCGUUUACAACUGAAAGAACGAACUGCAAGUGAAAUGGUUAUAAAAUCGCGAAAGAUGAAAAAAUUCAGGAAGACGCUUAAGUAG